GUCUCAAGUAAGGGUAUCACUGCUUCACUGCACAGGAAUGUCCUGUCAUGGGGUGUGUGGCGGGGGCAAGAGGAGAAGGAGAGUGUGCCUCUUCAAGCAGUAACACACUCACACUGCAGAUAAGUGGAUCUUACAGUGGAGUUUCCAACCUGUUCAUUCUGCAAGUGUCCCAGAUGAGGUGGGAAGAAGUCCAAAGUCAGCAUUUUCUCUCAUCGCCAUGCAGCCCAGAGGAUUUUGCCAUCACUUUCCACCCCACAGGACCCUGUGUGUCCAUUCACUCCAACACAACCUGUGAAGGUAACAAUUCCACCAAAACUACCAGAAACUUUUGGUGAAAGCGCUUCAUCCAUACCGAGCACAAUGAGAGUCUCAAACUGCCAACCGGACGUGUGCCGACAAAAUCCUGCCAUCGUGACGCCAAAUGAGUUCAGACAGGCCUACUCAGCAGCCGAUGGAUUGGCAAUGAAGGAUCAAGGAAAGAGGAAAGUACAACUUGUACAAUGCAGACUGAGCUACACAGAGAGCGGCAGGAAGCAGGAAGAGUUAGGUGGCACAUUAACAAACCUAUCCUCACAGCCCUUCUUUCGGUCUUGUAUCCAUCUUGAGGUGCCACUAAGGUCCACUAGCUCUGUUGUGUUUUUGGACAAGUCAUUUUCCAUUUCCCUUGUGGACCUAGAGGGAAGAAGAGCAGGUCAACCAAUCUUGUACAGGUCCACCGUGUCUGUUCGCCUUGGUGUCUCAUACUGCUGCAGAUCCUCUACAGAUAACAAACCAGCCAAAAGUAAUGAGGGCUAUGUGAGGCCCAGAGCGUCCAUGUUGGGCCAAAACAAACACAAUGGCCGUAAGAGUGGUUUGGGUCACUGCAGAAGCCCUCUAUCAAAGCCCAGGGACUACAAGGUUGAGCAAAUGGCCCGCGUUCAUGGUGUUAACAGCAAGGUUGGUGAUUCAGACAUGCAGCGCCAUAGUACUACUUUGGGAUUAUUAUCAUUCAGAGGGCCAAGCCCCUCAAACACAAAGGCUGGCAGGCAGAAGGGGAAUGCAGAUGAGGCAGCCUUCCCUAUCACUGGCAAUUUCAAGCACAGGCAACACACUUCCAAUAUUGCCCCAGUGGAAUCCAGAACUUGGAGCAAGCAAGCAAGGAAUGACAAGACAGAGGAACGACAAGAACAUGACUGUUCCUCAGAGCCUCAAAACGUCUCUGAUAAGAAAUGUCAUUCCCGACUGAAGGCUGAUUCUCUGGAAGGCACACUCAAGACGCUCAGCCUCAAAGAGGCUUUGGAGCUCUUCAGGCCAGACUUCAUCAGUCGAUCUCAGGGUCGGGUGAGGAAGUUGGAGCAGAGGGCAAGGAGAAGGAGAACGGCACAGGACUCCAAUCCAGGCCUGGUGCGGAGCCUCAGGGAGGAUCGAGGCAAACAAAAGAAGAACUGCACCACUCCGGAUCCACUUAGUGAUAACCUUUUCAAGCCUGGGGAGAGGUCUAUAUCAGACAGAGAGAUGCAGCUGAGGUCCAGACGGAUUUACAACAAGCUGCCGGAAGUAACAAAGAAAAAGGAGGAGGAGAAGAAGAGAGCUGUAUCACAAACCAACAGAUUGCGAGUAGACGUCUUUAAAAAGAGACUUCUGGACCAGAUCCUACAAAGAUAAAACGCCAAAAAGCAAUUGGGGUUAAUUCACUGACUAUUCUUCACUUUUGUCCAUGUAUUUUAAAUCUGACUUUGUAUUAAAUUCAGUUAAUCUUCUAUUUAAAUCAUUCCCAUGCCUUUGCAUAUAUUAAUUGUAUUAGGCCUCCAUUUCUGUUUAAUAUGUCGUAUCUUUGCUCAUUGCAACAGAAAGAAAAAUUGUAUUUUGCUGAUAUUGCAAACAAGAUUUUGCAGUUAGUUUUUUCUUUUUAUUUGCAUCGGUGUUAAUACAUGUGAUUUAAUUAGACAUGUAACCAUUUCAGUCAAUGACAUAAUGGCAGAUUAUGACAAAAGUAUCAUUUUAGUUGACCAAAAUUAUACUAUACUAUAUGCAAUGUCCAAGGCAUAUGGUAAUAAGUUAUUGGUUUUGUGUGCAGACAUUGACAAAGCCCAACCUUCUCACCUUGUUCUGCCAACACACUAUACACACAUAAUGAAAAAUGAAGAAAGGUUUGAUUGUUGACAUAAUAAAGCAAUGAAAUUGUAAUGUUUUUUCCACUCAAAUUAACAGUGAUUAAACACAAUACAGAUUAAUCAUA